AGCCCUAAUUCACUCACGUCCACUCGCGCGCUGGUUCUUUGGACUCGUGCAAGAGAAGAUCGUCGAAACCAGCGCGAGAUGUGUCCUUUACCUGCAUAUAGCGCCUAAAUAACCGCAAGGGUCGGUUUUACACAUCCGGAAUCGCGGACAAUAGUGACUUCACCCUAGAAAAACCAUCCGGGAGCUUCAUCUGUCCGGAUUGAAGUAAAUCCAGACGUGUUUGGUUUGUUAUACGGAUCGCUUCAGCUUCUGUUUACAUGACAAUUCGGACAUUAUAUUGUUGAUUUCUUUUUGAGCACGCGAAGAUAAUCAUGGCGAGUGACUCUCCGGCGAGGAGCCUGGAUGAGAUUGACCUGUCUGCUCUGCGGGACCCUGCAGGCAUAUUUGAGCUGGUGGAGCUAGUGGGAAAUGGGACAUAUGGACAAGUAUAUAAGGGACGCCAUGUCAAGACGGGCCAGCUUGCUGCUAUCAAGGUCAUGGAUGUCACAGGGGAUGAGGAGGAGGAGAUCAAAGCUGAGAUCAAUAUGCUGAAGAAAUACUCCCACCAUCGGAACAUCGCCACCUACUAUGGUGCCUUCAUCAAGAAGAACCCGCCUGGCAUGGAUGACCAGCUCUGGUUGGUGAUGGAGUUUUGUGGUGCUGGAUCCGUGACAGAUCUGAUCAAAAACACAAAAGGGAACACUCUGAAGGAAGAAUGGACAGCUUACAUCUGCAGAGAGAUCCUUAGGGGUCUGACCCAUUUGCAUCAGCAUAAAGUCAUCCAUCGUGACAUCAAAGGACAGAACGUUUUGCUCACAGAAAAUGCAGAAGUCAAACUAGUUGAUUUUGGUGUAAGUGCACAGUUAGACCGCACUGUCGGUAGGAGGAAUACAUUUAUUGGCACGCCAUAUUGGAUGGCUCCAGAGGUCAUAGCCUGUGAUGAGAACCCAGACGCCACAUAUGACUUCAAGAGUGAUCUGUGGUCACUGGGAAUUACAGCUAUUGAAAUGGCAGAAGGAGCCCCUCCCCUGUGCGACAUGCAUCCCAUGCGUGCUCUCUUCCUCAUCCCUAGAAACCCAGCACCAAGACUCAAGUCCAAGAAGUGGUCAAAAAAGUUCCAGUCUUUCAUUGAGAGCUGUCUGGUGAAGAAUCACAAUCAGAGACCCAGCACUGAACAACUGAUGAAACAUCCCUUCAUCAAAGACCUACCCAACGAGAGACAGGUCCGAAUUCAACUCAAAGAUCACAUCGACAGGACAAAGAAGAAGAGGGGAGAGAGAGAUGAGACCGAGUACGAAUACAGUGGAAGUGAAGAAGAGGAGGAAGAGCGGGACAUUGGCGAGCCGAGCUCCAUCAUCAACAUCCCUGGAGAGUCGACCCUGAGGCGGGACUUCCUGCGUCUGCAGCUGGCCAAUAAGGAACGCUCGGAAGCUCUGAGAAGACAACAGCUGGAACAGCAGCAGAAUGAGGAACACAAGCGCCAACUACUGGCAGAGAGGCAGAAACGCAUUGAGGAACAAAAAGAGCAAAGGAGAAGACUGGAAGAGCAACAGCGACGGGAGAGAGAGCUCCGGAAACAACAGGAGAGAGAGCAGAGGAGGCGCUAUGAAGAGAUGGAACAGCUGCGGAGAGAGGAGGAGAGGAGGCACGCAGAGAGGGAGCAGGAGUAUAUACGUCGUCAGUUAGAAGAAGAACAAAGGCAGUUGGAGAUUCUACAACAGCAGCUCCUCCAAGAGCAGGCUCUUCUCCUGGAAUAUAAACGGAAGCAGUUGGAGGAACAGCGUCAGGCUGAGCGGUUACAGCGGCAGCUCCAACAGGAAAGAGCUUACCUGGUUUCGCUGCAGCAACAGCAGCAAGAACCACGGCCUGUGGACAAAAAACAGCUCUACCACUACAAAGAAUCUGUCAACUCCAGUGACAAACCAGCCUGGGCCAAAGAGGUCAUGAAUAGAGCUCAGAGUAACUCUCCUCGAAUCCCUCCCAAGAAGCAUCAUUCAUUUAACCACCCAGGAGAAAAACGGGUCGGCAACCUCCUUCUCCCUGACCAAAGCCCAUCUUAUCAGCCCACCAGGCCCCCCUCAUACCCCGCCGCCUCGUCCUCCCACUCAAGAGAGAUGGAGCUGACAGAGGCUCAGCUCAGGAUAGUCAGUGGUCCUAACGUUCCUAGAGUCCGUGUGUCCUGUGAACCAGAUCCAUCCGAGCUGGCCCGAAUGGCCCAGCAGCUCCACGACCAAGAGUUCCGUGGCCGCAUUCCCGGCCGCCCCAACAAAGGGGUUGACAUAGAGAGAGACUUACAUGUCUCAAAGGUUGAGGAACGUUCCAAGCUGAACCGUCAGAGCUCUCCGGCUCUUCAGCACAAAGUGGCUAACCGUAUUUCAGACCCCUCGCUGCCUCCCCGCUCAGAGUCCUUUAGCAGUGGAGGUAUUCAGCAGUCCCGGACACCUCCCAUGCACCGCUCAGUUGAGCCUCAGAUGGCACACCUGGUCUCGGUGAAGUCCCAUGGCUCCUCAAUGACAGGAUCCCAGUCGCUGCAUGACCAGUCCUCUCAGGGUGUCUCAGCCUUCCAGGAGGGUCUGUCACCCCACCGACCCCCGAUGCCCCGGCAGAACUCUGACCCCACGUCAGAAACCCCAGCCCCACCACCUCGCAUCACCAGCCGAGAUGACAAGUUUGACCGCAGCUCUUGGCUAAGACAGGAAGAUGACGUCCCUCCAAAGGUCCCCCAAAGGACCACCUCUAUAUCACCUGCACUGGUGAGGAAAAACUCCCCAGGGAAUGGGCCAGGUGGACUGGUUCCAAGGACUGGAGCACAUCUGAUCCGAGCCAGUAACCCAGAUCUGCGAAUUCCCAUGGAAUCUCUCCAGAGGACCAGUAGUGGGAGUUCCUCCAGUUCCAGUACACCCAGUUCUCAGGGCGGCUCCAGUGAGAGGAACAGGGUGGAAGGGUCCAGUAGGCCUGAGGGGUCUCCAGCAGUGUCCCAAGAAUCCAAGGCCAAAAUCCAGGAGGAGAACAGGGAGGUGACCAGACCCAGCCGACCAGCGGACCUCACUGCUCUGGCCAAAGAACUCAGAGAGCUGCGAACCAAUGAGGACACCAACCGGCCACCCAGAAAAGUGACGGAUUACUCAUCAUCCAGUGAGGAAUCGGAAAGUAGCGAGGAGGAGGACGGAGAAGGCGGGGCUCACGAUGGAACAGUACCUGUUAGUGAUAUUCCACGCAUCAUGCCUUCUGCUGGCCAGGGUGGCAAUGACUCACUGGGAAACCAGGAAGAUUCUCAUGCCAAUGAUUCGUUUGGCAAGAAUUCACAAGACAACACCCUGAUGAUGAGAGAGACAUUUGGGGAAAUAAAGCUUGGUCAUGCCGAGAGCAAUGGUUUCCCCGGUAACUCCAAUCUGCCCGAUCUAGUGCAGCAAAGCCACUCCCCCUCGGCCACGCCCGGUGAGGGCCAUGGGCGGCACUCUAGUGGGCUGGACCCGGACUCUGUGGCUGAAUUUGGGAUGGGGAGCGGAUCCAAAGCCUCCUUUACUCCAUUUGUGGACCCACGAGUGUAUCAGACCUCUCCCACAGAGGAUGAUGAGGACAACUCUGCCUCAGCUCAUUUUGCGGAUGGUCUCCUGCGGCAAGAGCAGGAACAGGAACAAGCUCGCCUGAACGAGGCUCGGAAAAUUUCUAUCGUUAAUGUCAAUCCCACCAACAUCCGGCCCCACAGCGACACCCCGGAAAUCCGCAAGUACAAGAAGCGCUUCAAUUCUGAGAUCCUGUGCGCGGCUCUCUGGGGAGUAAACCUGCUAGUAGGAACGGAGAAUGGACUGAUGUUGUUAGAUCGAAGUGGUCAGGGCAAAGUGUACAAUCUCAUCAACCGCAGACGCUUUCAGCAGAUGGACGUGCUGGAGGGUCUCAAUGUUCUGGUCACCAUAUCAGGCAAAAAGAAUAAACUGAGGGUCUAUUACCUGUCAUGGCUUAGAAACAGGAUACUUCACAAUGAUCCUGAGGUAGAAAAAAAACAAGGAUGGAUUACUGUUGGUGACCUAGAGGGAUGCGUCCAUUAUAAAGUCGUUAAAUAUGAGAGGAUUAAGUUUUUGGUGAUUGCAUUGAAGAAUUCAGUGGAGAUCUAUGCCUGGGCUCCAAAACCCUACCACAAAUUCAUGGCUUUCAAGUCUUUCACAGAUCUUCAGCACAAGCCUCAACUUGUUGACCUUACAGUGGAAGAAGGUCAGAGGUUAAAGGUUAUCUAUGGCUCCACUGUUGGUUUUCACGUGAUAGAUGUCGACUCGGGGAAUCCGUACGAUAUCUACAUUCCGUCCCACAUUCAGGGCACUGUUAGCCCUCACGCCAUUGUGGUGCUUCCCAGGACCGACGGCAUGGAGAUGCUUCUGUGUUAUGAAGAUGAGGGAGUCUAUGUGAACACAUACGGCAGAAUCACUAAAGACGUGGUGCUCCAGUGGGGAGAGAUGCCCACCUCUGUUGCCUAUAUCCACUCCAACCAGAUCAUGGGCUGGGGAGAGAAAGCCAUUGAGAUCCGCUCCGUGGAAACGGGACACCUCGACGGAGUUUUCAUGCACAAACGAGCUCAGCGACUGAAGUUCCUUUCGGAGAGAAACGAUAAAGUGUUCUUUGCCUCUGUCAGAUCAGGGGGCAGCAGCCAAGUUUUCUUCAUGACCUUGAACAGAAAUUCCAUGAUGAACUGGUAAUUCAUCCACAUCCUUCCCCUGCAUUGUGUCCGUGGACCUUUUCUACUUUAUUGAAAAGUGUGAAAAAAGGAACGACAAGCAGAAAAUCCAGGUGCGUUGCAUAAACUUUGGACCAAGCUUUGCUGGGUCCUCUCAGAAGAGUAAAAGACAGAUCAAACCCAACUCCACAUCCAAAAUCUUGUUGCCUCCCUAAACAACAAGGGGUGCCGGAGAAGAACAACCGGUCUGCAUUAUUUUUUAUGGCUCUUUCAUUCAUGUAUGUGGGGUUCAUGUUUUUGUCUUUACAAAUAGGUAUCUAGAUUUUUCUGGAGGUGAUUAUUGGAGGACAAAAAAAUAUGGGCAAUACAACCCACAUAAUAGUGAAUAUUUAAACAAUUGAAUUGUACUGUUAAGACACUUUUGACACAAUAAUUGAUCGCCAUUGAGCUGGACGUCAGUAAACCUCCCUUCCAAGACUAUUCCAUUGAGGCUAGUUUGUGUGAUCAACUCCAUAUAUACAGCCCAAACCCUUGUGGGACACAUUUCAUCCAAACUUUGCUUUUAAAGUAAAUCUUUUUUAUGUUUCAGCUUGGAAUGCACACAAAUGUUUGUGUAAUGCCAUUAAUCGCACUAAUGUGUGGAUUUAACCGAUAUUUAAGGCUUUUAUGGUACUUCAUUAAUUAUCACAUUAGAUUGGAGCAGAGACACCUUGGGUUGAAUACAGAAUGCCUUAAAUACGAAUUUGCAAAGAUGCUCAUUUUUAUUUUUUAGUCCAUAUAUGAAUGCUUAUGCAUAUUUAUGUAAGGAAAGGGAAAAUAUUGCUUUUCAGUGAAAAUUUAUGCCUGCCGAUAUGGAUAAGAUAAAUAUAGAUCUGUUUUGAUCCUGAAUAUUCAUACUGUGCAUUCCUAGUUUUAUUUCAAAGCUCUGUUGUAUUUAGAUUGCAGUUGGUGUCUGUAGUUACUGUUCCAUGUGCUCAGGGAGAUGGUGCUGUAGACCUUUUCUCUUUUCCACUGAUUUCCAUGAGACACUUUCAGCUUUUGAUAUUGAUGUUUCUCAGAAUGGGAUCAUGAACUGUUAUGUGUAUUGUGGGCUAACGUUUUUACUGGUCCUAUGAGAACAUGAACUUCCACAUGGACUGAAAAAAGUCAUCUUUGAUGUCAGAGUAAGGCUGGUCUGCAGGAACAACUCUAGAAAGCUUUGUGAACAUCACAGUGAAGGGAAACAGUCCAAGCACUUCAGCUGAUCCAUAAAUACUACAGAGCUUUGUAUUGAAACAUAAAAAAGUACAUUAAAGGUGCUGUAAGCGAUUCCAGCCAUUUUGCUAACUUCCGCUAGACUUAGAUAAACAAAACACGCCCUCCAAAGGCAUGCCAGCAAACACGAACAGGUGAAAGACAGAGCGUGCUUCUAAUUAUCUAGUUUUCUGAUUGGCUAAAAAAUCGUGGGUCGCUCCUCUGACUGAUAAAGGUAUUAUGAGGGAACACGAAACUUUUUGUGAGGGAAAACAAAUUCCUUCCCUGUCCUCUAAGGGGACAUUUUCUGCAUGGUAAUGCAUACAGCCCCUUUAAGAUUGCAUUGAGUCACAGUGUUGCUUAGUAAGAGUGUGCAUGCAUUGUGUACGUGCAUAUGGGUGACUAAAUGAUGAAAUAUAGAGCUCUCCAUCAACAAUACAAAAAGUAGAGUUGUGUUACCAUGACAUACCAGCAAUCUUAGUUUGUUUUUCAUAUCAGGAGAAACAGACCUCCAUUUGUCAUUUGGAUAAGAAUGUGCUGCAGUUUUGUAUAUUUACAUUUGUUUUCUCAUGAUUAUCAGCAAAGUGCAAUAAAGGCCAAGGGAAUCGAGCCGCUUAAGAUUUCUCCUCAAGAUGGGUCUAGGUCUCCAAACUGUUUUUAGAGGGAUUUUUCACAAUCACCCUCUGUAAAUAUCCACUUACUCUUUUGAAAAAAAGAUUCCUGCCUCCCAAAUGAACGCAUAGAAACUGUGAGGGUGUGACAGAAAUGUGAGAUGCUGUAUGUGGUUCUGUACGAUCCUCCUCUAAAGGUAUUACAGAUGUGUGAAUUUGAAGAUUUUGUGUGAAUCACAUGAAUUAGUGAACAAAGGGUGGUGUUUUGUGAGUAGAGCUUCCUUUUAGGCAACCUCAUUUCUGUACACCUGUCGGAUCAGUUCCGUUUUCUACGUGGAUAAUGACUAUUGAUGCUGUAAAUGAAACCUCUGUAAGUUACACAAUAUAUAAGGCAAUAUCCAAGAUUGUGUUUGAAGAGCCAAUGAUUUCUUCUCUUGGAGGCAUUAUGUCUUUUUGAAAUUCAACCAAUAGAGCAGUGAUUUUAUAAUGAUCUUAAUAGCAAUUUUCAGUUAGCUCAGCUGGCUUUGAAUGUGUUCUAAUUAGAUCAUGUAAAAAGGCUAUUUUGUCAUUACAUGUAGACUCGAGGUGAUUUGAGUGUAGAGUGUCAGUAACAUUCAGAAAAGGAAGCUUUUUUUUUUUUUAACAAGAAAAAUCAUGAUGCAAUGCAUUGUGCAAUUAACAGCCAAAUCAAGCCUACACUUCAUAUUAAUAGACUUGAAGUCUUUCCAAAUGACUUUGCUUUCUGUUCAAAAUAGAUGAGAUCGUUAAAUAACAAGAAAUUCCUUGAUAUCAUUUCAUUUAUAUACUUUUAUAUGUUUCCAUUGCUGUCUUGCAAUGGCAAUAGAGUGUGAAAUUCACAAUGUCACUUGACAACUGGGAUCUUUUAAGACUUCUUGUUUAAUUGUCCAUCAAACUGUGAACUGAGUGUGGAUGUGUGUGCAGGUUUUACAUCUGCCCUGCUACUUAUGGGGUCUUCCCAUCAAUUUUAUCAGCACAGAUGUAAACUGUGAGGUUAGUUGAUUUCUUCAUUCUCUCAUCCUCCACUUUCAAUGUGUGGAAAGUCUUUUGAUGUGUGCUUGACCUCAUUUUUUAAAAACUGGACAUUAAUAUUGUAAGUACAUCCUUUAAGAUUCAGGCUGAGACAGUUGUUGUUUUUUUUUAUUUCUGUAUUUCUCUAAUUAGUUUGUGUAUUAAACUUUGAGAUUUAUAGCACAACCAAGUGUUCUGAAUAUUGGCUGUUAUUUUUAAGGUUGAUCCAGAGUGUGAAUGUGUGGGUGGGUGUGUUUUAAAUAUUUUUUUACUUUCUUAAGCUUGUAAAACCACCAAUUAAAGAAGUAAUACAGGCAUAUUCACACUAAAAUGAGAAAUGGUGAAGUUUUGGGUUUCCAGACCUUUUAGUAUUUGGAGCUAAAACUGGGCAUUUGUUCACUUCAAAAUAUGUAUCCAUAAAGUUCAUAUUAAAUAUUAGGCUAUGAAACCUUUUUUCAACCUUUUUAAAGUCACAUAUAACUUUAAAUGUAGCCUGGACUUUUAAGAGAUGCUGAUCUCAUCUAAUCUGUGCCUAGUCCAUGUCAUUUUUUAUUUUAUUUUUUUCUUCAUUUUUUUCAAUUUAUUACAUGGUGUACAGUAAAUCCAUUAAACAACAAAAACACCAGAAUUCCUUCAUCCAACCCACAAAAGAGCUGAAUUUUCUAAACUGAAUAUUUUAUGGACAUCAACAAGUCCAUUUUUUACUUGAUGUUCUGAUUUAUUUUAUUUAUUGUUUUGUACAGUGCUGAAAUGCUGGUAUAUCAUUGUAUUUAGAAAGCAGUGUUGUUGCUGUUAUUUCAAAGGGAUUGUUUUUGUUAGUUGAAUUCUGGAUUAGUUUGUCUGAAAGAACUAUGAAAUCUAUAUAAUCAUGUCAGAGAUGCUUUAAUAUGAGUGCUUCAUUUUACAGUUUUCACUUUUUAUUUGUUUUAAGUUGUUCAUUUUUUUAUUGGUUUAUUGAUUUUAUUAUUUUUUAUGUAAUAUUGUUCAGUGCUCUCUCUCCUUAUUAGAUAAAUUCUCCCCUGCAUAUUGCAAAAAUGAUUUAAUAUUAUAAGGUUGUUUGAAAAUACUCUGGUCCUUUUAAUCAGUGCACAUGUUUUUACUAGGAGAAAAUUGCAUAUCAAAUGUGAUGGCAAAGGUGGUUGUUGGAUCAGUCAUAAAAUGGUAGAAAAACUAGCAAUAAUCAUUAUUAUUGAUUCUGUUAGACUUCAUGUUAGGCCUUUUUCUAUUUUGGCUGAAUUAUGCAGCUCCACUUAUUGAAUUUAUUUAAAUGGAAUUAAAAGAAAUGUGAAAUGGAUAAAUGGAAAAUACUUCAAGACCCAGCGUGGUCACUCGUCACCUGAAACAGACAUUUUAGGGGUUUUCUUUGCUUUUUUUAAAUAAAUUGAAACAUCAAACCAGA